CAAGAGGAGUUAUCAAAGUUGCCGCACAUUCCGAGAAAUCUUCUGCAUCUCAAGAAGUUCAUUGGCAGUGGUGCGUUUGGAAAAGUUUACGAAGGUGUAAUAACAGGUGAUAACAUGACAGCUUUGGAUGUGGCAAUCAAGACACUGCAUCUCCAGGCAAGCGAUAUCGAAAAGAGAGAAUUUCUGAAGGAGGCCCUUCUUAUGAACAGGUUCCGACACGAGAAGUUGUUGCAUUUGAUCGGAGUCUGUUUCGAAGAUGAGUGCAACUUUAUUGUUAUAGAGCUGAUGAGGGAGAAAGAUUUGCUAACGUUUCUUAGGAAAGAAAAAUCGUCGGAACAACCAAAUGUAUCGUUGUCCACGAUGUUGUCCAUAUGCCAGGAUGUUGCUGAAGGCUGUGAGUACCUGCAAGGCAUGCGUUUUGUUCAUAGAGACUUGGCGGCUCGCAACUGUCUUGUAUCGUACGAUAACGCUGGAAAGUUGAUCGUGAAGAUUGGAGAUUUUGGCUUGGCCCGCGAUGUGUACAUUAAUGAUUAUUAUAAGAAGGAGGGAGAGGGACUGCUGCCUGUCAGAUGGAUGGCCCCAGAAUCACUCGUUGACGGCAUUUUUACAACAUACUCCGACAUCUGGUCAUUUGGUGUGUUAAUUUGGGAAGUGCUGAGCCUGGGAAACCAGCCCUAUCUCGCUCAGUCCAAUCUUGAAGUCCUUCAAUACGUCAGGAGUGGCGGCAUAUUGGACAGGCCAUCAAAAUGUCCUGAUCAGCUGUACAACUUGAUGGUUCGAUGUUGGGCGUAUCAACCAGACAAACGACCUUGCUUCCACACCAUUGUUAAACUCAUCAAACACGUCUCUCAUCAAAUGAUUCAAAACAGGGAUUACGGUAGAUCCACUUUUAUAUAA